AGAGCGGAGUUGUUGAAUUUGUUGGGUUACAGCAUCGAGGAUGUCAAUAAUAAAUUGAAUAAGUACAUACCCAAAGAUCUGCAUAGCGAUGUCGACGGAUUAGCGGAUGAUCUGAAGAACAUCAAUAGGAUAGAUGAUGCCUCAUUCAAUGAUCCUUUCGAUUCGUUAGUGAGUCAAGAUGGAAAGAAGACCGAACUUUUCAAAAUAAAUACUAGCGAUGAUAAUGUUGGACUUAUAACACAAGCACUUCUAUUGAACAACGUGGAGGCUGCAGUUGGACUUUGUUUGAAGGCCAAGCGAUUUGCCGAUGCCUUGAUUAUUGCAACAACGGGUGGUGCAGAUCUUUUGGCAAGAACACAGCACAAAUACCUGGAACAGGCGGAAGGCUACGUGUCCUCGCUAAUCGCGGCCAUAGUUUCGGAAGAUUGGGGCAGCAUCAUCAACAACUGCGAGAUCGGCAGCUGGAAGGAGGCGUUCGCGGCCAUUUUGACGCACGCCUCUGACGACGAUCUGCCGGCUCUUUGUGAACAGUUGGGCAAUAGAUUAGAAGAGGAAAGCACCAUCGACCCGAAAUAUUCGCAAGACGCGCAACUCUGUUAUAUUUGCGCUGGCAGUUUCGACAAGUUGGUGGCCAGCUGGAGCGGCAACACUGCUCAGUCGACCGACGAUCUGCAAGAGUUGAUCGAGUUAGUGACUUGCUUGCAGAAAGCU